CUACAAACUACAAAGAAGCAAGUCAGGUAGAGCUUAGUCCAAGCAUCUAUUUUUAUCCCUUACUCUUGCUGAUACGUACUAGGUUAUACCUCCUCGCGCUUCUGUACCUAGUGCCUUCGAACCCGACAGAGACAAUGAGCGCACAGGGGACAGCUUUGCAGAACCACAACAACGAGCUUGUAAAAUGCAUUGAGGACCUUCGGGAGAAACGCGAGGAGAUCAUUAAGCAGCUUCGAGAGGAUGAUGCGGAGAAGGCAAAAAUUACGCAGGACUUACAAAUUCUGACAAAGCGCUUGGCACAAGUCAACGAGUCUAUCGCGCGCAAGACUGAGACCAAGAACGAGUACGACAAGGUGAUCAGCGAGACGGAAGCAGCAUACCUGAAGAUCUUGGAAAGCUCCCAGACGUUGCUGACCGUGCUCAAGCGGGAAGCUGUCAACAUUGCCAAGAAGAAGCAGGCGAGCUCCUAAGCUCGUGGGAUGAGAAUGUCCAUGGGAGCAAGCGUGCGUUGGGAAAGCGACCGCAGGGCAUUUUGCGCGCGGACCCACGGGGCUGUGCGAGUCGCGUGCGGUAGCAAGGGCCGCUAUUCAUCGGUGUUCGAUUAAUGUUUGCGUGUUUCAAGGAGCAUGGCAAUGGCUUGGCCAAAUAGGCCGUGUUCCAGGACACUGCUGUUGCAAAGAGGAUGAUUGUAGUGAGCUUGGCUCAUGACAUAGGUGGCGGUCACUUAAGGGAGUGCUGGUCAUACUGGUCAGAUAAAUAGCUGGGGUUUCUGGCCAUUCUUGCGACAAUGACCGGUAACAGACUGACUGAAAUACCUGCACAAGGCGUACAUGCCUUUCUUUAGAGUGACGUUCAAUGACAAGUAGAACUGCGUGACGCUUAUGGGGAGGCUCUGCGCCUAUACUGCGUGAUUGUGCGCCAGGCUAGCAACCUCCUGGCAAGCCUGAGUGGCACUAGGGUGGUGGGUUUUUUUGAGGUUUGGAGGGAAGGUGAAUGGCCGGGAACACUAGGAGGAAAUUGAAGGGACACGGGAAAGUGAGGUGUAACCUUGGCGUGGCUUUGUUGUUGUACGAACCAACCGAAAAAUGGCG